AUGACUGCAAUUGCCAUGACAAGAUAUUACAUGGUUUUAAAACCAACUGUUUAUCCAAGAUAUUUUACUGAUAAGAAGAUCAGUAUUAUAAUGAUUUUAAUUUGGAUAUUUAGUUACUUAGAACGUGUACCACCAACUUUUGAUUUAUGGGGAACAGUUGAUGUUUAUCCAAAAACACUUCUUUGCAGUAGUUAUAAUUACCAAAAUACUUAUAUCGAUCCAAGUUUGAUGCUCAGUAAUAUUGCAUUUAUUCCACCAUGUCUUGUUAUGAGUUUCUCAUACGUUUUUUUAAUUUGUUUUUUACCAAUGGUAUUAAUUGAUUCAAUUGAUGAUGAAAAAUAUUAUCCAGAAUUGCAUGUAUUACAUACAGUACUUAGUUGUGCAAUUGUUUUUAUUAAUCCAAUUAUUUAUGCUUGCUCAAAUAAACGUUAUAGAAAUGCAUACAAAGCAAUUUUUAAAAGUAGUGGUAAUGGUAGUAGUAAUCAACCAGAUAUCAGUUGCCAGACUCCACGUUGUUUGUCAACCAAAUAA